GGUAGAGAUCGCACAGGCCCAACGUUUUCUGCUUGCGACCCACGUCAAGGAAAUCGUUUCCAAUCUCUUGUUAAAUUUCAAGCGAGCUGAAAGAAUGGCGACUGGACAAAAGAAGAUUCUGCUUUUGGGUUCCGGUUAUGUUGCUGGUCCUUGCUUGAAGUAUCUCCUUCGCAGGGAAGAAAACGUGAUUACCGUUGCCAGCCGACGCAUCCAAGGUGGCCAGAAGCUCGCGAACGGUCAUCCGCGAGUUAUUCCUAUUGCUCUUGACGUCGGUAACGAUGCGGCGCUUGAGGCGGAAAUUGCCAAGCAUGAUCUUGUUAUCAGCUUGAUUCCAUACACCCACCAUGCUCGCGUGAUAAAUGCUGCCGUUAAGCACAAGAAGCACGUUGUCACAACGAGUUACGUCUCACCCGCUAUGGAGGCCAUUGACCAAGCUGCCAAGGAUGCUGGAGUAACUGUUUUCAACGAAAUCGGUGUUGACCCUGGUAUUGAUCACCUCUAUGCGAUCAAGACGAUCGACGAGGUUCACGCUGAGGGUGGCAAGAUUCUCUCUUUCCUGUCCUACUGUGGUGGUCUCCCAGCACCCGAGGCAUCCAACAACCCUCUUGGAUACAAGUUCAGCUGGAGUUCCCGUGGCGUCCUGUUGGCGCUUCGUAACAACGCCAAGUAUCUGCAGGAUGGCAAGGUGGUUGAUAUUCCAGGGCCCCAAUUGAUGGACAGUGCCAAGCCUAUCUACAUUUACCCAGCCUUUGCAUUCGAGGGGUAUCCUAACCGUGACUCAACGCCGUACAACAAGCGCUACAACAUUCCUGAGUGUCAAACGGUGUUGCGUGGGACCUUGCGGUACCAGGGCUUCCCUACUUUUGUAAAAGUCCUUGUCGCGCUUGGAUUCUUGAGCGAUGAAGAGCAGGUCUACUUGAAGGAGGGCUCUGAGCCCAUUACAUGGAGAGCCGUCCUUGCAAAAUCCGUUGGAAGCGCGAGCGAGUCUGAGGCGGAUCUCAUCAAAACUGUCCGCGCAAAGGCGAAUCUGCAAGGCGAAGAAGGCGACCGUGUGAUUCACGGCUUGAAAUGGUUGGGCCUCUUCUCCGACACUCAUGUGCACCAACGUGGCACUCUCCUUGAUACACUCUGCGCGACCUUGGAGGAGAAGAUGCAGUUCUUGCCUGGCGAACGUGACAUGGUUAUGCUUCAGCACAAGUUUGAAGUGGAGUUGAAGGACGGAACUCGGCAAACCCGCACAUCUACUGGAUUGUGGUUCGGUGAGCCCAAUGGCGACACAGCUAUGGCCGUGACUGUCGGUGUACCGUGCGCCAUCACCACCCAACUCAUCCUUGAUGGUAAAAUUUCUCGCCGUGGUGUUUUGGCCCCUCUGGAUCAAGAACUCGUGCAGCCUUUGCUGACGGCACUGGAGGCCGAAGGAAUUCGGAUGGUCGAGGAAAUCUUUUAAUAGACGUUAAACCAGCAGACUAGUGUAAGGUAGACCACAUAGCCAUUUAUGUAGUAUGGUACUUUACGUCUGACAGUUCAUCCACGCAUAAUUCACAUUUCUGAAUAUAUUAAAGCUCACCAAAACCCGCC